AUGUCACAAAGUAAUGAUAUACUAGAAGCCGUUUCACAAGCAUCCGAGUGUACGACGAAUUAUAUAGCAUAUGCUAGAGAAUCUACGAUCGAACCUGAGGUUACUAAAUUAUACCUUGACAAUUUAAAUUCCAUUAAAGAGGCGGUUAAACCCUACUUACCCUUAUUCACCAACGUUAACUCAAUUAUACAAGAUAUUGUCAACGCUUACGAAAAUGCGCAAAUUAACAAGAAGAUAUGUCUAACGUUGAUUAAUCGUGCCGAAUCCGUCAGUUUAAUCGUCAAACAACUUGAAAGAAGGAAAUCCGAGAAUUUAGAAAACUUUCGUAACAAAAUGUUUUAUCAAUCAUUCCUUCGACUAUUUAACAUAUUGAAACGUAUGGAUAAAUUUAUUCAGGAUGUCACAUUACUAUCGAACAUUAGAAAAUUGACCGAAGUUUAUAGUAUCAAAAAACAAUUUCGUGAGAUUAUCGAGGAUUUUGAUAAUGUCAUAGAAGAAUUGGAUUGUUUACACGUGAUAUUCAACACCGACGAACAACGUCAAGAUGAUUUAAAGGUUUUUAGGUUAGAAUUUAAUAACGUAAUGAAAUUUUUCGAGACAAUCAACAGUGGAGUGGCAACGAUAAUAACACAAAAUAAUCAUAUAAAUUAUCAAGUAAACACCACAAUCUUGGAACUCAUACUUUUAAAAUGCAAAGUACAAAAACAAAACACGAAUUUUGAUGACAAAUGGAAACCAAAGUUAAUAACGAGCGAUGAGCUUCAAGACCCUCCCAGUGAUGAUAAUGAUAAGCAACCAACGGGAACGGUAAAAUAUUUAAAGAAAAUAUUUAGGCGAGAAAAGAAAGUUUCAUUAAUUCCGGCAGACUCAAUACCUUAUGUUACGGUUGAUUAUCAGAAACAUGUCAUUAUUGAUUAUAUUAAGAUGAAAUUAGGAAAUGAGUGCAAGCACAUUCAUCAAUUUUAUGGAAUGGCGAAAUUAAAUCAAAAUUUUUAUGCGGUUUAUGAAUGGACCGAGUUGGGAAAAUUAUCAGAGGUUUAUGAGAAGUAUGAACUUGAUUGGUCCACAAAAUUGAGGAUUGCUUCGGACAUAUUAUCUGGGUUGAUUUUUUUGAACUGCUGUGAUAUCAUUCAUAAGAGUAUUAGAUGUGAUAAUAUUUUAAUGACUGAAAAUAUGAAACCAAAGAUCACAAACAUCAAUUUAUUUAUUAAUAAAAAUACUUCUAGCAAUAAUAGCAAUGCUUAUGCAAAUUGGUUAAAAGAUGUGUAUUACCUAGCUCCUGAAAUAAUAGACAUCCAAAGUUAUUCAAGGAGGUAUACAACAAAAUCUCAAAUAUUUAGUAUUGGAAUGCUUCUAUGGGAACUUGCAUUUCAAAGGAUACCAUACAAAGAUUGGCAAAUUGCAACGGUGCAAAAUCAUGUGUUAAGUGGCAAGAGGGAGGAAAUUAACCUUGGUGUGGACCAGUCUAUCAUUCAACAAGGUUUUAUAAAUCUAAUCGAAGCUGGAGAUAAGGAAAAGGCAUGGAAAUGUUUUGAAGCGAAUGCGCAAUUAGGCAAUAUAUCGGCGAUCUAUUGGCAAGGUUAUUAUUUAUGGGAAGGGUAUUAUACUUCGGCUGAUCAUGUACGCGCGAUCAACUGUUAUAAAGAAGCCGCAAAAAAUGGUCAUGCUGAUGCGCAGUUAAGGUACGCCUUUAGUGCUAUUAAUAGAGAGAAGAUGAACCUUAAAGGUUUUUUGAAAUUUUUGAAAAUGUCUGCAAAUGAAGGUAACGCUUUGGCUUUAUUUAAUUUGGGUGAUGUUUAUUUGCAUGGAAAAUUCGGUGUGGUUAAAGAUGAGGAACUUGGUAUCAAAUAUUUGAAAGUUGCCGCCGUUUUAAAACAACCCAAAGCUAUUGAAAUUUUAAAAAGUCUUAAUGUUACCGACACUUUUUAUUUAUAA